AGUAGCACUAGUCAGGCGUUCCAUUUGCCCCGAAAUUCCAACCCCUCACUCUUUUCAAACUUCAACAACCGCCGCUCACUCUCUCUCUGUGUCACCCGCUACCAAACAAAACCUACGCCGUUUAGCUUCACGAUCGGAAUCACUCAUGGCCAUCGCCGACGACAAGGAUGGCAAAGUCUGGAGUCUGUUUAAGCUGAUGCCGUUUCGAAGAACCUCUUCUUCCUCCUCUGUUUCCGCUGCUAAUUGGCACAACAACACUUGUCCGCGGUCUGAUGGAUUAAGCGCCCCCAAAGUCUCCGCCGUAGCUCGAUCUUUUCUCCCCGCACGCCGUCGUUUGAAGCUCGAUCCGGCAAAUACGCUGUAUUUUCCUUAUGAGCCUGGCAAGCAGGUUCGAAGUGCUAUUAAGAUUAAAAAUACAAGCAAAUCUCAUGUAGCUUUCAAGUUCCAAACAACUUCACCAAAAACCUGUUUCAUGCGUCCUCCUGCUGCCAUUCUUGCUCCAGGCAACAGCAUUAUAGCCACUGUGUUCAAAUUUGUAGAGCAUCCAGAGAACAAUGAAAAGCCAACAGAACAGAAAAGCAAUCUGAAAUUCAAAAUCAUGAGCCUCAAAGUUAAAGGAAAUGUGGACUAUGUACCAGAGCUGUUCAAUGAGCAGAAGGACCAAGUAGCCAAGGAGCAGAUACUAAGGGUUAUUUUUCUCGACUCUGAACGUCCAUGUCCUGCUCUGGAAAAACUGAAAAGGCAGUUGGAUGAGGCUGAUGCUGCUGUUGAGGCAUGCAAGAAGCCUACAGAAGUAGGCCAUAGUCUUAUUGGUGAAGGGCUUGUGGUAGAUGAAUGGAAGGAAAGAAGAGACAGAUACCUAGGUCUGCAGCAAAGUGAAGGGGUAGACUCGGCUUUACAUCUUCGGUGGCUAUAACACAAGACAUAUAUGCAUUGUAUUUCGCCACCAGAAAACUCACCAAACCA